AAAACAAUAACAAAAGCAGACGGCGGACAAACACUACUUUGCCGCCUGCCGCCAACCGACCGACCGACCGCCCGCCCGCCCGCGCGCUAACCGACAAGCAUUCGCUCUCAAAUUCCUGGUUCUGGUUCUGAUUCUGGCUCCGUUUCUAGCCCGCUGCUGUGUUGCCAAUUAUCGUUGCAUCCAGCCAUCGCGUCGUCUUGGCCUUGUGUGUGUGUGUGUGUGUGUGUGUGUGUACGCGCAAGAACAGCGUUGAUUAAUUUUUUCUAACGUUGCGCCCAUGUGAAUCCACAGUAUUUUUUUUUUUGUUUUGAAACUUUUCUAAUGUGUAACUAACAGAAACACCAACAACACAGUGAACGCGACUAAAGCAUGUGCAUAGGUAUAAUUUAUAUUUACAAAAAAAAAGCAACAAUAGGCACUCAGCAUAAAAUCAACUGAAGCGCGACAGGCACGGCAGUAGAGACGGACAGAGACGAGGCAGACAGACAGACCGACGGACGGACGGACGGACGGAGAAACAGACGGACAGGCAGCAGGGCAGGCGAAAACUGGCGCAGCGUGAAAGCGAGCGAGAUAGCAAAUAAUCACAUUGAAGCAAUAAUAAAUACUGCACCAGAUUUAAGCUAAUUAUAAGAUACCAAGUUAUAGUUCAAAUUCAAAUCAAUACGCUGCGAAAAUCCGAGUUGUGCUUAUCACGCAACAGUAGCAGCAACAACAAUAGCCAAAAAAGUAUUACAUACCAAUACAAAGAAACGACGACCCACACGGACGAACGCACGCACGCAUUGUUGCGCCCACUUCAAAACAAGAGCAAAAGAGCGCCAGCAACAACAACUUAACGAAUAUAUAGAUAGAGUGAGAGCAAGAGAGUGUGUGAGCGCAAAAUCCCCGCGUCAAUUUUAAGCUUCAACUUCGGCUUAAGCUUGCACGGCAUCAGCAGCAACAACUACAACAAAAACAACAAGAGAGAUAAUCAUGAGCUCACCGAUCGUAACGCGACGAGGCGCACAACAGGCCAAAAUACAAACUCGCGCCAUGGUCAAGUCGAAGUCGACGUCGACGUCGUCGUCAUCGGCGACGGCGGCGGCGGCGGCAGCAGCAGCAGCAGCGAACGCAGCGACGGGGCCGAACGCCAACAGCAGCAACGGCGCCGGCAGCUGCGGUCCACGCAAACCGAGUCCAGCGCUUCAGGAGGCAAAACGUCGGGCGCGGAACAUGCUCAAAUCGCAGAACAACGGCACAGCCGCCCAGCUGGAGCCAGUUAUCGAUAUCUUUCAGAAUGCCCUCAACGCGAAGAGCAUGCAUCGUGGCCCCACCGCGCUCAUCUAUGAUGAGACCAUGAGCGAGCAUUGCUGCCUCUGGGACAGCACACAUCAGGAGCGACCCGAACGCUUUACGCGCACCCUGGAGCGAUGUCGCGAGCUGAAGCUAGUGGAGCGUUGCCUGCAGCUAAACUCCCGUCUGGCGACAAAGGACGAAAUCCUGAAGCUACACUCAAUGGAGCAUUACGAGCGACUGGAGCAGACGUCGGCCGUGCACGAUGCGGAGGCUAUGGAGGAGCUAAGCUCCCAUUAUGACGCCAUCUACAUACAUCCGUCCACGUUCAGGCUGUCGCUCUUGGCCAGCGGCUCGACCAUAGAGCUGGUGGAGCAGCUGCUGCUGGGUAAGGCGCAGAAUGGCAUGGCCAUAAUACGACCGCCGGGCCAUCAUGCGAUGAAGUCGGAAUUCAAUGGUUAUUGCUAUUUUAAUAAUGUGGCGCUUGCUGCACAGCAUGCUCUCGAUGCGCACCAGCUGCAGCGCAUCCUGAUUAUCGACUACGAUGUGCAUCAUGGCCAGGGUACGCAGCGCUUCUUCUAUAACGAUUCCAGGGUCUUGUAUUUCUCGAUACAUCGCUAUGAGCACGGCAGCUUCUGGCCGAAUCUGCAGGAAUCGGAUUACCAUGCGAUUGGCGCUGGCUCCGGCACCGGCUACAAUUUCAAUGUGCCGCUGAAUGCCAAGGGCUUGGGCAAUGGCGAUUAUAUGGCCAUAUUCCAGCAGCUGCUGCUGCCGGUUGCCAUGGAAUAUCAGCCGGAGCUGAUUAUUGUCUCGGCCGGCUAUGAUGCGGCCCUGGGCUGCCCGGAGGGUGAGAUGGAGGUGACGCCCGCCUGCUAUCCGCAUCUGCUCAAUCCGCUGCUGCAUUUGGCCAAUUGCCGUGUUGCCGUUGUGCUCGAGGGCGGCUACUGUGUGGAAUCGUUGUCCGAGGGCGCCGCCUUGACGCUGCGCGCCCUGCUGGGUGAUCCGUGCCCGGCGCUGGUGGAGCCGCUGCAGUUGCCCAGCCCGGUGCUGCGCGAGGCCCUGCUCAACUGCAUCUAUGUGCAUCGUCCGUACUGGCGCUGCCUGCAGCUGCAGCAGACCUAUACGCCCGGCGAACUGCAGUCGGCCAGCACGAUUCCGUUGCAUCGCGUGCAGCGCAUUUGGCUGGGCGGCCCGCCGCCAGCGCCAGAUCAGCGCUAUCCGACGCGCGGCACCUCCGCCCAGCUGAGUGCCGCUGUUGUCGCCAGCAAUGCGUCCCGUUUGAGUUUGUUGCGCGCCGAGACGCAGCUGUCGGUGCCGCCGGUGCGUGUUUGUUAUGCCUACGAUGCCCAAAUGUUGCAGCAUUUCAAUUUGCACGAUGCCACCCAUCCGGAGCAGCCGAUGCGCAUACGUCAGAUCCAUCAGAUGCACGAGGACUAUCAGCUGCUGGAUCGGAUGCAGCAGCUGGCGGCGCGCGCCGCCACCACGGACGAGGUGUGCCUGGCCCAUACGCGCGCCCAUGUCAAUUCGGUGCGUCGCCUGCUGGGUCGCAGCGUUGAGGAACUGCAGCAAGUGGGCGCCGGCUACAAUUCGGUGUACCUGCAUCCGCGCACCUUCGAGUGCGCCAUACUAGCCUCCGGCGCCGUACUCCAGGCGGUCGAUAGCGUACUGCGCGGCCAAUCCCGCAGCGGCAUCUGCAAUGUUCGACCGCCGGGCCAUCACGCCGAACCGGAUCAGCCGCACGGCUUUUGCAUAUUCAAUAAUGUGGCCAUUGCGGCCCAGUAUGCGAUACGGGAAUAUGCACUCGAGCGCAUCCUCAUUGUCGACUGGGAUGUUCACCAUGGCAACGGCACACAGCACAUCUUUGAGUCCAAUCCCAAGGUGCUCUACAUAAGUGUUCAUCGCUACGAGCAUGGCGCCUUCUUUCCCAAGGGUCCCGCCGGCAACUACGAUGUCGUGGGCAAGAAUGCCGGCCGUGGCUUCAAUGUCAAUAUUCCCUGGAAUAAGAAGGGCAUGGGCGAUCUGGAGUACGCAUUGGCCUUUCAGCAGCUAAUCCUGCCCAUCGCCUACGAGUUCAAUCCGCAGCUGGUGCUCGUCUCGGCCGGCUUCGAUGCGGCCAUUGGGGAUCCGUUGGGCGGCUGCAAGGUGACACCGGAGGGCUACGGCCUGUUCACCCAUUGGCUGUCGGCCUUGGCCGGCGGUCGGAUCAUCGUCUGCCUGGAGGGCGGCUACAAUGUCAACUCCAUAUCGUAUGCGAUGACCAUGUGCACUAAAACGCUGCUGGGCGAUCCGGUGCCGACGCCCCAAUUCGCAACGACCGCACACCAACGCUCACCGACGGUGGCCUUCCAGAGCUGCGUGGAGACGCUGCAGCUGUGCGUGGAACAGCAGCGUCAUCAUUGGAAGUCGCUCGUCUUUGGCUGCAAGCUGCCCCAAUUCGUUUUGGGCGAAAACAAUAACGAGGAUUUUCUUGCUGCUACCAUGGACCGAUUGAGUAUAUCAAAUGACGAUCCACUCGGCGCCGCCGGCGGCGAUAUCGACGCACAGCCCGAUCCCGGCCAGGACCGGCCCAGCGGCAGCAAGCCCAAAGUCAAGGUAAAAACGCUCAGCGAGUUUAUGGCCGAGCACAAGGAGGCGCUCGAGCAGCAGGAAAUGUUUGCCAUUUAUCCCCUCAAAAGCUGCCCACACUUGAGCCUGUUGCGUCCGGAGGAGGUGCCCAAAUCAAUAAAAACAAACGGCGCAUGCGGCGACUGCGCCUCAACGGUGGAGAAUUGGGUAUGCCUGAGCUGCCAGAGCAUCGGCUGCGGUCGCUAUAUCAAUGAGCACAUGGAACAGCAUUGCCGACGAGCCAAGCAUCCGCUGGUCUUGAGCUUCAGCGAUCUAUCCGUGUGGUGCUACGAGUGCAGCGCCUAUAUCGAUCAUCCGCUGCUCUAUGCCUAUCAGAAUCUGGCGCAUCUGGACAAGUUCCAGGAGCCGAUGGCCUGGACACAUGGCUGCAUGCAGCGCUCCGAUGGCUGCUAUCCGAUCGAGGCGGAGCAUCAGGACAACGACAGGAACAGCGACAGGGACAAGGACAAGGACAAGGACAAGGAUAGCGGCUCCAGCAAUACCAACAGCAGCAGCAUUGGCAGCGGCUACUACAUACAACUCGAGCGGAAUAACUGACAUUUGGUGGUGCGUGUGCUGGAUGCCAUUACGGAUUACAUGUGCACGCUGUGUCCGCCGCUGAGGCACAUACUCCAGCUGCUUGUGGAGCACAUGUGGCCGCUGCUGGAACGCAUUUACCUCAAGCUGAUUCAAUAUUUUCUGGCCCAUUGAGGCACACACGGCACACGCACACACCGACCGACCAGGCACACCACGCACCGCAUCUUCGCAUCCUGUUAACCUGUUGUACCUUGGCAUCCAGAAUAUUCUCCAUCCAAUAUCCAAAAUUCACACCGCUGAAGCUGAAGAAAUGUUGCCGCAUUAAAUUAAUUGUUUUUUUCCCCACAAAAGGGGGCGGCGGGGUGGGGCGUUCGCCAAAAAGGCUGCUGUGGCCCCCGAUUCCGCCGGCUGCAUCAGCUCCUGGGCGAGUGCCUUUCCCCAAUCCCCUUGCCCUUACAAUUACCUGUACCCAAUCCCCAACCGCCCCCAACAUAUUGUAUAUGCAUAUAGAGAUUGUUAAAAAAUCACAAAAAAAAAAAAAAAACCAAAAACAAAAAUGUUAUCACUAAUCAUUAAUUAACCAAGUACCAAGUAAUAAAACAAGCGAUCGAUAAGCAAUUUUUUGGCAUAAAAAAAAAAA